AUGGCGGGAAAAUCAGAUAUGGCGGGAAAAUCAGAUAUGGCGGGAAAAUCAAAGAUGGCGGGAAAACCAAAGAUGGCGGGAAAACCAAAGAUGGCGGGAAAACCAAAGAUGGCGGGAAAAUCAGAGAUGGCGGGAAAAUCAGAGAUGGCGGGAAAAGCAGAGAUGGCGGGAAAAUCAAAGAUGGCGGGAAAAUCAAAGAUGGCGGGAAAACCAGAUAUGGCGGGAAAACCAGAUAUGGCGGGAAAACCAGAUAUGGCGGGAAAACCAGAUAUGGCGGGAAAACCAGAUAUGGCGGGAAAACCAGAUAUGGCGGAAAAACCAGAUAUGGCGGGAAAUUCAAAGAUAUCGGGAAAAUAA